UGGUGCUUGUAAAGAUACACUCUUUUCGCAUCACGACACCCCGUUUGCACCAUAUAAGGUAUAGCGGCGCGCUUCUUGGUGCUUGUAAAGGUGCACUCGAUUCCCUCGACCUCGCCGCCUUGCGCUGGACGACGGCGAGAUGCUUUCUGUACCCGCAGGUAUAAAAGCAGUGGCUCCGACCGCCAUGAUGCCUCCAUUGCCUACCCGCGUCGCGCAGAAACUCGAUACUCUCCGCCAUGUCUGUCACACAGUCUGUGUAUUACAAUCACGAUGACCUCGUCUCCUUUGCCACUGACAUUACAACCCCCCUACAUACGCGCCAGCACUGGGAAUGGUCCGGAUCGCCUGAUGCGACAUCGGGUGAUCUCUUCCUUGCCCCGGAUGCCGAACUCCUCAUCGACGACGCGUUCAAUACACCGUUGCCUUACACAGAUCCGUCGGAUGUCAACUCAGCAUCGCAGUCAGUAGAUGCAUUUCAGGCCUUUGGGAACGAUGUCCUCUGGGACUACCUUCCUCCUGUCGUGUGGUCCCCGGAGUUGCUCACGACUGUCGACACGUAUGGGCUUCCCUACUUCGACGGGGACAUCUCGUAUACGAGCGCAAGUGGGAGCUCUACGAGCGCCAUGACUUCCACAUCGUCUCCCCCCUCCUCAUGGGAGGACUCGUCCGCUUCCUCUCCCAGUUUCGACGCUGGAUCACCCUCUCUUCCGCUUCCCGGACCUUCCCGCUACCCAUCUGCCGCCGGUUCGUCACGUAAAGAUACCACUCGCGCCAGACGCGCGAGAUCGAACACAUUCUCUCCCGUCCCGCACACCCUCACAUCGUCGUUCCUCCGCCGAGCACGCACGACGACUCCGCGCAACAAGCAGGUCGGAUUUGCCUCCACGACGCAGCGCGAGGAACACAACGGGUGGUUCACCUGCUCGCACUGCGAUUUCUUGACGCGGCGCAAGGGCGACUUCGACCGCCACGUCCGCACGCAUUUCGCGCUUAGUCGCGGGCCAGAGUGGGUUUGCUGUGGGGUGCCGGAGGAGGAUGCUCCCGGACACUCCGGGGAGAAGUACGAGCAUGGAGGGCGGCGAAUGGUUGGUGGAUGCCUGAAAAGCUUCAGCCGGCGGGACUCAAGGUGGGAUGUUUGCGACCUGUACAUCUCUAGAUGGCGGGCGGCUGUGUAGGGAUAGAUUGACACAGGAACCUUGAGCUCGAGUCACUUAUGUUCA